AUGCCUUUUUUAUAGGCUGGGCCAUUAACCAAAGUGACUAUAUGCAAAGACAGAGAAGGAAAGCCGAAGUCUUUUGGAUUUGUCUGCUUUAAACACCCAGAAUCGGUGUCUUAUGCCAUAGCUUUGCUGAAUGGAAUUCGUUUAUAUGGAAGACCAAUUAAUGUGCAGUAUCGAUUUGGGAGCACUCGGUCUUCUGAACCAACUAACCAAAGUUUUGAGAGCUGUGUUAAGAUAAAUUCACACAGCUACAGAAAUGAAGAAGUCCUUGGCAGAUCUUUCUUUCCCAUGCAGUUCUUUCCAACUAAUAAUGCAGCUUUACCUCAAGAACAUUUUUUCUUUCAGAAGAUGCAGUGGCGGGCGUGUAAUCCAGCCCUGCAGCUUCCUUACUGUGAGAUGACAGCGCCUCUUCCUAAUAGCACGUCCGUGCCUCCUCCACUAAACCAUGCUCCAGAUCUGGAGGCUGGACCCAGCUCUUAUGAAUGGACUCACCAACAACCACGGGACUCUGACCUUUAUCAGAUGAAUAAACGCAAGAGGCAGAAGCACACCAGCGAUAGUGAUAGUAGCACAGGAAACACUAGAGAAAGUGAAUAUAGUCAAAAGUUCCGAAAGUGUAAGAGGAAGAAAAGAUACUAGUAUUACCUUCAAAUGAAUUUAUCUGCACUAAAAGGAAAAAAAAAGUCUGUAUUCUACUAAAUGACAAAUUCCAUGGCUUUCUUGUCUUUUUUGAAAUAUAUAAUAAUGUGGCAUCUGAUUUGCUAUUGAAAGUUUGUUUUGAAUGACAAAAACCUAAAAGUAAUAUAAUGUACUAUUUUUGCUUUUGUAAUGAUAUUGUUGACACACUGUCAACAAGAAAUAUACUUUGAGUGAUGUAUUUUAGUACUGAUGAUGAAAUUGCACUAAACUGUCAAUGAAAAGUCACUUACGAAUACGGCAUCAUGCUUUCCUAGGUUGUCUCCUAUAUAGAGUGGUAGGUUUUCUGAGUGAAACUAGUGCAGAUAUUUAAGAGUCACAUGUUGUUACUAACAGAAAUGGAAUAAGCAGACUUUAGUCUCCCUUUGCUAAUAUUUAUUUUUUAUGUCUCAAUGUGUUAUUUUUGAGCUUUAUGCUCCCACAGGUUUAUUUCAUAAAAGGAAGAUAUAUGACAGUAAUACCAAAGGAAAAAUCAUUAUUAUGGAGCUGGUUUUAGUAUCAUUCCUUUUUUAUACAGUUUAUAUAAAUACGAGCAUCUUCCUCAUAUUAAUUGUAUUGUAUUUCAUAAAAAUUAUUUGGUUAUGUUAGAAGUUAUCAACUUAUUUUACCAACUGGGUUUGAGAGGGUAUGUUUGACAUUAAGUAAAUCUUGAUAAUAAACAGUAAAUAGAAUAUUU